AAUGUCCCCUUCACUUAAGAAAUGUGAAAACUAGGAGAACAAGAGCUUUGAAAUAAGUAUGUAAUAUGUUCCCCUAAAAGUCCAACAUCAUUGGCUCAGAAUAAACUCUUGAGCUAUCUGUUCUAUCCCAAAUCCCUGCCAUUGCCACCUUCUCUUUUGUCUCAUCCUUUGAGAAUUCAGCAAAGGAUUUGCUUUCCAUUGUGUGUUGGACCUUUAAGAUAAGAGGAUCCACUGGGAGGGAUGAGGGGGCCAGGAGCACAGCCCUAGUAGCUGAUCCACAGGGCUCCACACAUCAUAGGGUGGGAAUUGUUUAGAACAAGGCCUUAGCCGUAUUCCUAAAGGUUGAAAUUAAAGGGAAGAAGCCAGAAAAUUCAAGUCCUUCACUAGUUUGUCUGGAGGUUGGAAGGUACUAUAUGUCCAUGGGGGAGAAGCCAAAGUUAUUGGCCCCAAAUUAUUGUUGGGAGCGCCCAACAAGAAAAUCAAGGUUCCAUUCAUUAUGUAGGGCAUUCCUCUGAUUUUGAAAAGGAAGCACAAUAGGGAAGGAAGUUUGAAGGACAGAAGCCAGAUUGGUAUUAAUUUCCAUUUUAGAGAUCAAAAUGUACCAAAUCUUGAAACAUUCCAAGAAGUGGUUACGUAGGGAAAAGAGAGCCCACAGGCCUGUUUCGGCAUUUCCCAUGGCUUUCCAAAGUGGGUCCCAAAGAUCACUUGAUGGAUUUCUUUGCUGACCUCUAAGUAAACUACGGUUUGAAAAAGAUGAUGGAACUCACUCAGCACUACCCUGCAGCCCCGAAGUACAAACCUUUCCUUGAAGUCUUCAGACUUAUUUAACAUUCACCCUGUAAUUGAUUAAUUAGUUCAUUCUGCACAUAUUUAUUACUGAAUAUAUGUAUUUAGUUCCAGGCCCUGGGAUAUACACUGUGGAUACAGAUGAAGAAGAUAGAUGAAGUUUCUGACCUCACAGUGAGAAUUCUGGCUGGUGACUAAAGCCUUCACCAGAAGUGGGUCUGUGCCAGUAACUUGGAGGAGAGCAGUGCUUCUAGAGUUGAGUUGGAUCUCCAGUCAGUUCUUAAUGGUGGUUUUGCUCCUUCCCUAUAAACUGUCUUUUCUCACUGAGGUUAGAUCACUAUGUCUCCUUUACACACUAGGCCUGCCUCAUCAAUCCUGCCUCACAAACCAUACACCUAAUAAUAAGGUAGACUCUGUCCUUAGGUCACACAGACACAGGCCAUUCAAGCUCUUCAGGUUAUGGUUUGGGUGUUGCUUUUCAUGAGGCAAGCAACAAUAGGGGACCUACAUGAGCCCAGACACUUAGGGAGCAAUAUGCAAGGGCUGUACCAUCUGAGCAUAAUAUUUUCAGAGUGCACAUAAAAGAGCUUCUAAUUAAUGAGUCAUCUAGCCUCUAUGCUCAUGAAAUAGUGGUAGAGAGGGAAAAAUUGAGUAAAAUUUGAGACAAUAAUUAUAAUAGUGUCAGGCACCGCUAAUGCUUACAUAUAUUAAUUCGUUUCGUCUCUCCAGAAACACUGAGGUAGGUGCAAUGAUUAGCCCUAUGUGAGGAAACAGAGUUUAAGUACUUAGAUGCGUGUGGAUUAACAUACGCUAAAGAAGUAUACAAAGCUAAACUACUAUACCUCACUUUGUGAUACAAAUGCCAGGAUUGUCCAUGAUUUUAUGCUGUUUGAGGAACUGGUAUUAUUGAGCUAAAAGAAAGAGAGUUUUUGUUUGUCUUAGGGGUCUUAGCAGUUUGAAAUACUCCCCGAAGGCCCUGUGUUCUCCAGGCACUGAAAGGAAGGAGUUUUGGUGUUAUGAAUUCUCUGCAGCAGUAGUUUAUGAGAGAAGCAUGAUGUCAGUUCACCUCAGAACCAGAUCUACCAACAUCCUCCUGUUCUCUUUACUGAGCCAGGCUUUACACACCAGAACCAAACUGUAGAAGAGCUGGCCAUUGGGGAUUCUCAGAGUACAGGAUGCUUCCUUUAGGCAUGAGAGUGAAACCUGAAGCUGCCUGCAGUGACUUCCCAGUUGUUCCUGGUGGCCUGUAGUAAAGCAUGAAGACGAUAUCACAUGCUUCGAGAGAUGAUCAAAGGAAAAUCCUGAGGCUUCCAGAGGAAAGGAUUGGGGUCUCAGUCCUUGCAGACAGUGCCUUAUCUUCCCCAGGUACAAGCACUCAAACACUAGAAAGAGGUAAGCACAGAAUUUGGGUUUUAAAAGAUCCUCUUAUGCCCUUUAUUGUCCUAAGCUUCCAUCACAAUGAAUUAGUCCCCAUUCCCUGAAAACAACAUGCAGUGUAUUUCAUGUUUCCAUGCCUUUGCUGGGCUUGUUUCUCCACUCUGGUUUCCACCAGAAGAAAAUCCAGAACAAAAGUCACUUCCUUUUUUAGACCUCCUCUGACUGUGCCUCCCUACGUUUGAAUCAACAUUUAUUUUUCCUCUAUCUCUCCUGCUUUGUCCACACCUCCAACAGGACUCAUGCAGUGAUGUAGCUGAAUGAGUAUGUCUUCACUGCUGGCCUGUGAACCCUCUCAGUAGCCCCAGCUCAACUGACUGGUACUCAGUAUGUGCUGGUUGACUUCAAAAGAAAUCUAUGCCCUGGAUCUGAUUACGUUUUUUAAUGAAGUCCUCAUGUAGCAUUGAAGCAUUGCCAAUGACCCAGAAAAGCAUAAUGUGAAGCAACCAUGGCCAUGAGGCCGCUCUUGUAUCUGUGAAAUGACUCUGAAUGGCUAUGCUUGCUACAAGGAAAAGUAUCUAGAAGAAAAGGAAUCUGUUCAAACCUCCUUAUAAUUGUCUGACUGAGGAUUUUAAUCAUUCGGAGUCACACUGAAAACAAUUCUCCCAGCAAUCCACUCCUACUGAUGCACUAACUUUGGGCAUGUCAGCGUUUGCAUCUACCGACUGUGGCCCUUUCUGAGAUGGCAUCUGUGAUUCAGCUAUUCAAAAUGAAGUUGGUGACUCUGUGACAAUGUGGAGAAGUCAUGUCAGAAAAUGUGGUUUGUACUGGGGCUGUCAAUGCUGUAAAGGAAGUUUGGGAGAAAAGAAUAAAGAAAUACAAUGAAGACCUGAAGCGAGAGAAGGAAUUUCAACAAAAGCUAGUGCGAAUCUGGGAAGAACGAGUGAGCUUAACCAAGCUAAGAGAAAAGGUCACCAGGGAAGAUGGAAGGGUCAUUUUGAAGAUAGAAAAUGAGGAAUGGAAGACCCUCCCUUCUUCUCUACUAAAACUAAAUCAGCUACAGGAAUGGCAACUUCAUAGAACUGGCUUGGUGAAAAUUCCAGAGUUCAUUGGAAGAUUCCAGAACCUUAUUGUGUUAGAUUUAUCUCGAAACACAAUUUCAGACAUACCUCGAGGAAUUGGACUGCUCACUAGACUUCAGGAACUGAUUCUUAGUUACAACAAAAUCAAAACUGUCCCCAAGGAACUAAGUAACUGUGCCAGAUUGGAGAAACUUGAACUUGCUGUUAACAGAGAUAUAUGUGAUCUUCCACAAGAGCUCAGCAACUUGUUAAAGCUUACUCACCUUGAUCUGAGUAUGAACCACUUUACUACAAUCCCUCCUGCUGUGUUGAACAUGCCUGCCCUUGAGUGGCUUGAUAUGGGAAGCAACAGACUUGAACAACUUCCUGAUACUGUAGAAAGAAUGCAAAGUCUACACACAUUAUGGCUCCAACGGAAUAAAAUAACAUGCUUGCCAGAAACAAUCAGCAAUAUGAAAAAUCUGGGUACUCUUGUUCUCAGCAACAAUAAACUGAAAGAUAUUCCAGUGUGCAUGGAAGAGAUGACCAAUCUAAGGAAAAUAAAUGUACACUUCUAUGGCACCUAUGAAAAUACUGUUUUUUGGUGAACUGCUAGGUUUGUCAACUUCCGAGACAACCCACUGAAAUUGGAAGUAACACUUCCUCCCGGUGAAAACAUAGAUGAGGAAGAGGAACGGGAAUUAUUCGGCCUUCAGUUU